AUGGCCAGACGACCGCCCGUAAACGACCACCUUGUGGCUCGUGACCCACAAGCAAGAGCGGAUCCACAUCGUUGGCAGUCUGCUGUCCCGCCAAUCGAUUCCACUUCCGCUCACGCCGGCCCCUCGCGCCACACCUUCGACUAUCAAGAUCGACCCGACCCUGGCUGGAACGCGGAUGUAUUCCGGAAUGCUCGCCCUUCUAUCGCACCGUACGGCUGGACGACGGCCGACGAGCGCGACAACCCGAACGCGGGCGACGGUCUUCUCUCCGCGACAGCCAUAGGCGUCAAGCCUAACGCACCCAUGCCCGUCCCGGUUCGACCGGGGUAUGAACCGGCACCUCCUCUGCACCCCUCCUCGGCACAUGAAGUGCACGCUCGUCGCGUUUCCGCCGAGGAGUGGCAGUAUCGCCAACCUACCAUACCGCCGACUGGUGCCCUGCCUCCCGUGAUGUCAGGCGCCGUGCGUCCCGACCCACAGCCACUCGCCACGCCGGUCGCUUCGCCCUGGCCGACUCCGCAAGCGCCUUCCACCACCGAAGCGGAUCCACCACGCGCAAGAGUAGCUUGCAGCUUCUGCCGCCUUCGCAAGUUGCGCUGUGACGGCGCGACACCCUGCCGGCACUGCGAACGGCGCAACAUCGACUGCGUCUACGCAUCUGCCAAGGGAAAGGCAAAGACCUCUUCCGAGUCCUCCACGAGCCCCCAAAAGGGCGAUGGGACCGCUGCUGCUGCCGCUUCAUCAGGCGGCCAAAAGGCCGAGCGAAUGGAAGUACCCCAAGAAACUGGCGACGGGCGUCAGCGUGGAACCAAACGAGCGGAGCAUCCAACCCAGCUCGAUGGCACAGAUCAAGACCCCUCGACUUUGUCAGAUGCGUGCCGGCAAUCCACAAAGAGAAGCAGACCUCCGAGGCAAACGCCAUCUGUGCUAUCGCCCGCUACCUCGAAUACGAGCUCUAGCUCCACUUCGCCAAGCCAGUCAACUCCCAGCAGCAGCAUGCCCGGCUCGGACCUUGCCAUGAUUCAGAACAACGAUCCACGCAUACCGAUGGAUCCGCAUUUCGGCGGCCAGGACGGCUGGUACGAUGCCUUGCUCGGCAUGCUGGGCAAGUCGCGACCCCAUUCGAUCAAGCUGGUCAAGCACCUGCUGACGCGCUUUGUCCAAUCCAACGCCGUCUUCUUUGGUCUCUUGCACGCGCCUACGCUUUUUGGCGUCAUCAUGGGCGGUCAAGCCCACGUGCGCGCCGAUCCGGCGCUCUACCUCGCCGUGCUCGCGGUCUCCGCUUGCGACAUGCACCAGGACCGCAUUGCCGACGAACGCACGUCGGACAUGCGCGCAGCCAACGAGUCUUCGCGCAAGCUCGCGCAACGCCUCUCGGAGAUGGCGGCCACCUAUCUGCAAAUGUCGACGGCACGCGGGGCGCUGCUGACGGCGUCGACGGGUCAGGCUGCCAGCAUCCUUGCGCUGACGCAGCCGGACGGGAGCACGGAGCAGACGACGCUGGUGCGCAUGGCGGAAAACGUGGUGCGCACGCUCAAACUGCACGAGACCGUGUCGCAGCGCGAGCCGCUGCUGCAGGACAGCGAGCCGGACUCGCCGCUGUACUGGUCGCGGCCGCUGGCGUCCGAGUCGCCCGAGUCGGAGGUCAAGUACGAAUCGAUCGUGCGGCUGUGCUGGACGGGCAUCAGCCACCGCUUCCGCAAGUACAUCGCCAAGCCGGACGAGGGGUUCGGCGAUACGGAGCUGCCCGAGUACAUCCAGAACAUCCGGCCCAUGGCGUUUUGGCAGCCGAGCUUGCUGCCCAAGGACCUGCCGCCGCCUUUCUUCCACUCGCAGGACCUCAUGCGUCGCUCGGCGCAUCUGUCGCGCCUGGCUGUCUCGCUGGCGGGGCUCGAGCGGCUGAGGGAGAUCGGCGAGGCAGGCACGCCCACCGACGAGACGCUGGAUAAGGUGAGGGAGAUCCUGCGCUCGCUCGAUGGACUCGAGAGUGCCUUUGUACGCCACCGCCCGCGCUCGGAUGUGGAGCGGCAGAACGUGCUGGGUCGGACGCUGCAGAUGUUCUGCCGGAUGCACGUGUGGGUGCGUCUCACCAUCUGGCGCCAGUACCGACUGUGGAGUUCACCCGCCGAUAGCGCCGCGGUGAGCAGCGAGUCGGACUCGUCGGCGGCGUCGGGAAGCGAGUCGACGCUGCCGCCGCAGCUCUUCCAGCAGCAGCAUCCGACCAUCGAGUUUUGGCUCGGCAUUGUGCAGGAGAUGAUCGACACCAUGCAGCGCGACCUGGAUGCGCAUGUGCGCGACCAGACUUCGCUGGCGACGACCAUCUCGGAUGUGGAUGCGCUCGCGCGCCACGUCGCGUGCGCGUGCGAGCUCGUCGAGGCCUCGCGCAUGCUGCAGCCGGGGCUCGCCCAGGUGGAUGCGGCACUCAGCAUCCUCAAGCGCGUCCUCGCCGUCGCCGAGAUCAACGCCGCCGCGGGCGUCGUCGGCGCGCUCCAGCUCGAUGACGACGUCACCGCCAAGGUCAAGACUGCCGAGACACGCCGCACGGCUCUCGAGAGCGUCGUGCUCCAAGCUGCGCCCGUCUACGGCCAGUUGGCUUGA